AACGAAUUCGAAAUCAAGAAAUCAAGAAAUCAAGAAUUCGAAUUCGAAUUGAAGACACGCAUUAAAUAAAUAACAAGUACAAGUUUUGGUGGCAAGCGCGCUUAGACGUCCUUUUAAUUAUGUAUACGCAACGUAUGUUUGACAUGUGGAGCAGCGUCACUUCAAAACUGGAAGCACACGCAAAUAACUUGGGUCAAAGCAACGUGCAAUCGCCAGCGGGACAAAAUAACUCAAGCGGUUCAAUUAAAGCUCAAAUUGAAAUAAUUCCAUGCAAAGUCUGUGGCGAUAAAUCAUCGGGCGUGCAUUACGGCGUCAUCACCUGCGAGGGCUGCAAAGGUUUCUUCCGGCGAUCGCAGAGCUCCGUUGUGAACUAUCAGUGUCCCCGCAAUAAGCAAUGCGUCGUGGAUCGCGUUAAUCGGAAUCGCUGUCAAUACUGUAGACUGCAAAAGUGCCUAAAACUGGGAAUGAGUCGUGAUGCUGUAAAAUUCGGCAGAAUGUCCAAGAAACAGCGAGAAAAAGUGGAGGACGAGGUGCGUUUCCAUCGCGCCCAGAUGCGUGCCCAAAGCGAUGCCGCUCCGGAUAGCUCAGUGUACGAUACACAGACGCCCUCAAGCAGCGAUCAGCUGCAGCACAACAACUACAACAGCUACAGCGGCGGCUACUCGAACAACGAGGUCGGCUAUGGCAGUCCCUAUGGCUACUCGGCAUCGGUGACCCCGCAACAGACGAUGCAAUAUGAUAUCUCGGCCGAUUAUGUGGACAGCACCACAUACGAGCCGCGCAGUACAAUGAUCGAUCCCGAAUUUAUUAGUCAUGCGGACGGCGAUAUCAAUGAUGUGCUGAUCAAAACUCUGGCGGAGGCGCAUGCAAAUACAAAUACCAAACUGGAAUCUGUGCAUGACAUGUUCCGAAAGCCACAGGAUCUAUCGCGCAUACUCUAUUACAAAAAUCUGGGCCAAGAGGAGCUCUGGCUGGACUGUGCCGAGAAGCUGACACAAAUGAUACAGAAUAUUAUCGAAUUUGCAAAGCUAAUACCGGGCUUUAUGCGACUCAGUCAAGAUGAUCAGAUAUUGUUGCUGAAGACGGGCUCAUUUGAGCUGGCGAUUGUUCGCAUGUCCAGAUUGCUAGAUCUCUCACAGAAUGCUGUACUGUAUGGCGAUGUGAUGCUGCCUCAGGAGGCAUUCUACACAUCCGAUUCGGAGGAGAUGCGUCUGGUGUCACGCAUUUUCCAAACGGCUAAAUCGAUAGCCGAACUCAAACUGACUGAAACCGAACUGGCGCUAUAUCAGAGCUUAGUGCUGCUCUGGCCAGAACGCAAUGGAGUGCGCGGCAAUACGGAAAUACAGAGGCUUUUCAAUCUGAGCAUGAAUGCAAUACGGCAGGAGCUGGAAACGAAUCAUGCGCCGCUCAAGGGCGAUGUUACCGUGCUGGACACGCUCCUCAAUAACAUACCCAAUUUCCGCGAUAUUUCGAUUUUGCACAUGGAAGCGCUGAGCAAAUUUAAGCAACAACAUCCGAAUGUUGUGUUCCCAGCGCUGUACAAGGAGCUAUUCUCAAUAGAUUCACAACAGGAUCUGACAUAACCAGAGCCGAUCUUUAUGGACACAUCAGCUGGCUCUGUGGCCGAUGUUGCAGCCGGUUGUCCGCUGCAGAUACUUGCAACAGCGACCACAACGGCAACGGCAACAUCACCGGAGCAGCCACUGCAGCUGGAGGACUGAGGCGGCAUAACAACAACAGCAACAACAAUAAUCAACAACAACAACAACAACAAAACAGCAAGCAACAUCAAUACAAACAAAACUUUAUCAUCAUUUAAGCUAGCAUACAACCAAGGAUGUGAUCCUGGCCGAGGACUCACUUAAAAGCUACAAACAAAAACAAAAAAACAAAGCAAAAAUAUUUCAAAAAUAUUAUAUAUACUUUUUUCUAGAAAAACAAAUAAAAAACAAAAGGAUGCAAAUGAUGAAAACACACACAGGCUAAUUACAUCAAAAACAAAACAAAAAAACAAAAGCAAAUACAAUUUAAUAAAUUUAAAACGUAACUCAGUUAAUAUUUCGCUUCAUAGACAACAAAAAGAAAACAAAACAAAAAAAAUAUAUAUACAAAAGAAAACAAAAAGUCAAAAUGCAUUUUAGCAAAAAAAAACUAAACAAAACCGAAAAUAUGCAAAAAUAGUUUUCAGUUAUGCAAAGCAAAUAAAAGCAUGUAAGCAAAACAUAGCCACGCCCCCCGCCCUCUAGCCAAGUACUUAAUGAACAAGCAAUUUUAAAUUUUCAUUUCAUUUUUUUUUGUAAAACUGAGCUCAGCUUGAUAUCAUGAUAUGCUCCCCUCUUCCUCCUCCUCCUCCUCCUCAGUUCAAAGUCCCUUAAAUAAAAAUAAGAAAAACUAAAAAAAAAAAAUAUAAAACACCGCUCUAACCCUCUAGGUUGUCUCUGCCUUUUGUUGUAAACUAAAAACAUGUGUAUUAUAUAUACAAUAUAUAUAUAUAAAACCAAUUUAUAUAUAUAAAUAUAAAAUUACAUUACGUACAUAUAAAUAUAUAUAAUCAUUUAUAUAUUAUCAUUUUUUAUACAUAAUGCAAAUACAAUUUUUGUAAACAAAAUGCGAAAAAACGAAAAAAUGGAAAAAAAUGCAAAAAACAAAAUCGAAUAUCUCGGAAAAAUGUGUUCUUAUAUAAUUAUGAUUAAUGUUUAAUGUUUAAAUAAUUACAAUUACAAUUACGUUUAACACUUUAAAAAACAAGUUGCAAAAAACAAAACAACAACAAAACAAGAAAAACACAUUUAGGAGCAAAAACCUUUAUCAUUUUCGUUUAACUAUUUUAUAGCAUUUUUCCCCCAAAAAAUUCCGGUUCCAAGGUUUAUUAGAUUUAAAUGAGAAUAAAACAAAAAAACAAAAAAAAAAAUACACAAUUUAAAUAAAAAGCAUUAACAGACUUUAAUAGUUUAGCUAAAACACAGCAACAACAACAACAACAACAACAACAGAAGAUGAAAAAUGAACAGAAACACUUUUGAUAUACAAAUACAAUAAAAGAUACAUAAAUAAAUUGUACUAAAUGAUAAAGUUAAUAUUGAGAAUGGAAAACAAAAAAAAAACAGCAAAAAACAAAAUGAUGAAAAUUAUAUCGUAAUUAUCAAGUUACAAGUUUAUUGUUUUAAGCGAAACUUAUAAGAAAUAAAAAACCAAAAACAGAAAAAAAACCAACAACAAAAAAAACAAAAACAAGAAAUAUAUAAGCAAGAAGAAUGAAAGAGAUGAAAACAAACAAACAAACAGACUGAUGGACCGCACGCCACAACAAAACCCGGACAGUCCCCUAACCACGCCCCCUUUUGUCGUACGCCCCCUCUCUCAUCCUCUCUUUCUCCUACAUUAAUUACAUUUGAAGACAAAAACAAAAAGCAAAUUGGAUGUCAUCAUAAUUGCAUUAGAUUCUCGAUUUGAUUUAUCAAAUAAAAUGACUGACUACACAAAGACGUUACACACACUUGCACAAACUCCCCUUCCCUCACACACACACACACACACCUUCACACACAUAUACAUACAUACAUUAGUUAAAGUAGCGUUAAAAAAAAGAACAAGAAGAACCACAAACUUUCGUUUUGUAGGUGAUAAUUGGUGUGUCUUAAUCGCCCCCCUCGCCACGCCCCCUUCACCGCCGCCCCCGCUCAAGACACCUCAUCAAACCAUAAGUACAUUGAUUUACAUUUGUUUUUUUAGAUUAAAUUGCAAUUAGCCAAAUCGAUUUGUUGGCAACAAACUCCUCUCCAACUCCUCCCUUCAACAGGCAGGCAUAUUAUUAAAUAAACUAAAUAUACACGUAUAAAUAUAUAAACAAAUUAUAAACAACAACAACAACAAGAACAGUACCAAUUGCAAUUCCAUCAUCAUCGUUAAUUUAAUUAAUCUUUUAGCCAGUUUCGUUUUGGGCCUUAAAACAUUUAUAGCAACACACACACACACACACACACACACUUUACGUUCGGACAUUUUUGGCCUUAAGAAUUAAAAGAAAAUAAAUGAUAGUAAAUACUUUAUAUAUAUACAACACACAUAUACAUGCAUAUAUACACAUAUGUAUAUAUAUACAUAUAUAUUAUAUAUAUAGCGAAUAAUGAAUUAGUUAUAAUUUAUACAAAGCAAGGGAGCAGCUUUCAAACCAGCAAAAACAGAAAACAUAGAAAAAACAUACAUAAUACAUAGAAGAAGAUGAAGAAGAAGAAGAAGAAUGGGAAAAAAAGAUCAAUGCAAAAUUUGCAGUGUGGAAAAGUUAAAAGUAAAAGCAGUUGAGUUGAUGCGAAAAACCGAAAACAUGAAAAGAAAACAACAUGCAAGAAAAAAAACAAAGAAAAGUAUCUAUAUAUAAUAUAUAUACAAGAAAUAAAUAUAUAUAUUGUUAAAUUUUUAUGCUAAGUUUUUAGUGCAAAAUGAGCAAAAAGAAAAGAAAUGAAGAAAACAGAAAAAAUGGUUAAAUUUUUAAUAAUAAUAAUAAUAAUUAUGAUAAUGAUGAAACACAUGAGUAAACAAAAAUCUACAUUUAAAUUUAGCAUAUAAUGGCAUAUGAAUUAUGUUACAAUAUUUACAACAACAACCAAGUCCCUCUAUAAACAAAAAACAACAAAAACAAACACACACACAAAAUGACUUUAAAUAAAAGUAAAAAAAAAGAAAAA